CGUGUAUAUACACAACCUCUAUUCUAGGUUACCUUAUUACCUUGUUCAAAUUAGUAUAUAAAUACUAUGAUAUCCUGUAAAAAUGCCAUCCGUAAAUAAAGUUGACAUUUCCCCCCUUUCCGACGAAGAGAUUCCUAUAGCCUUUCAAGUAUUAUCGAAAUCCUUCGGCCACGAGGCACCGUUCGUAGACAUAUACUUUCCAAGCCAUGAUACACCAUCCGGCCAAGCACAGGGCUCUAAGCGUUUGACUGUGUGGAAGCAGACCUCAGAGGCUUCUACCUUUUUAAAAGCAACUACCCGAGGCGACCAAGGGGAUCAGGAGCUCAUCAUUGGCUUCGCAGUCUGGACACUCAUGAAGGAGGCCCCACCUGCAGAGCUUGCCAAGACAGAGAAUGUCGAGGAGGUCUGGCCAGACGAAGCUGAUCGUGAAUUCAUGACACGCCUGUGGAGCGAUUACGUUAUCCCGCGAUCCAAGGCUAUUGAAGACUCUGGCGGCAAAGGAGUGUAUGUACUUGAACUACUAGCAGUUCAUCCAGAAUACCAGCGUUUGGGUGCAGGUACAGCUCUCGUAGAGUGGGGGACUAAGAAGGCGGACCAGCAGGGCCUUCAGGCUGUUGUUGAGGGUACUCCGAUAGCUCGACGACUUUAUGAAAAAAGCGGCCUCCGCGCAAAGAUUGAAGAAAUGCGCUUCGACGUCGGAGAUGAAUUCGCUAGCAGAAGGAAGCCAAAGCUCAUAUUCAUGACACGAGAGCCUAGGAAGUAGGUAAGACUGAGCACUCAGGCGCGAAUAUCAUGAAGUCUGUUCCUACGUACAGUCCUACAUAGUUCCCUAGUUUUGACUAGUAAUAAGACCAGAAGAUGUUAUACACUAGGUUAGGUGUUUAGUAGUAGCUGUAUAUCUACCCCUAUUCACCAAACCCAGGUCUAUCAUCUAAGUACUAACCCAGGUUAGUUAAUUCAUAUAUCCAAGCA